CCCGCCGGCCGCUGUGCUAUAGUACAGUAGCGUGUUUUUGCGCUAAGCUCAGGAAUAAGAUAGUCCCCGCUCCACCGCUAGCGGGAAAGAAGUUCGAAGAUGAGUAAGGCCCAUCCACCCGAGUUGAAGAAGUACAUGGACAAAAGCCUCUCCUUGCGACUUAAUGGGUCCCGGGUUGUCAGCGGUAUCCUUCGCGGUUUUGAUCCGUUCAUGAACAUCGUGCUAGAAGAAGCCUUUGAGGAAGUCAAAGGGGGCCAACGAACCCCCAUCGGAAUGACAGUGAUCCGUGGAAACUCGAUAGUUCUGCUUGAGACGCAAGAAAGGAUUUGAUAGAUGGUCAACCUUGUAUAUCUUCAUCAGGCAUCACUCGAGGACUGCUCAUUUGUGUGAAUAAAAUCCGCAGAUCACC